UCCUGGACGGCAAGUAAACAGCAAAAACGUCGAGCAGCUUUUCGGUUUCAUUCUCCUGACGAGUGACAAAGUGAAGACGACGCGUCGUGCGCGUUAACGCCGGGAGUCCAUUUUGUGUCCGCUCGUCCGGGGCGGAAGCUGCUCUUAUUUCUAAAGCUCGUCUUCGCCGUGGCGAUGUGGACGGCGGAGGCGGAAGUGAAGUCACGUGACCGAGCGUCCAUGUUAUUAUUGUUGUUUUGUUAGUCCUGCGAUGAGACGGCGAGCUGAGGAGCCGCCGGCCUGCGACAAGAGCGACGUUCACGGCCUCCCCGGAGCACCCGCACCGCUCUCGCCCCACGCCCGGGCGACGGGAGCCCUGCCAGCGGCCGGCAGGGGAAGACGGAGACGCGGCGGCGGCGGAGGAAGGAGGAGGGGGAGGACUCCGGCUCGGCUCCACUCGGCUCGGCUCGGCCCCCGCACCGACGCCUAAACCGAAGCGAAAAUAAAAGGGCGACAGAGGAGGCAGCUGCGCCGAGCGGCUCGGCUGGCGAGCGGGGACGCCGCAGACAUGAACGGCAUCACCAAGAGCCGCUUCGAGGUGUUCUCAAACAGCGAUGAGGCCGCCAUUAACAAGAAGCUCCCCAAAGAGCUGCUUCUUAGAAUAUUCUCCUAUCUGGAUGUGGUCACACUCUGUCGGUGUGCCCAAGUAUCCAAGGCAUGGAACGUUCUGGCCCUGGAUGGCAGCAACUGGCAGAAGAUCGACCUCUUCAACUUCCAAACGGACAUCGAGGGCCGCGUGGUGGAGAACAUUUCCAAGCGUUGCGGCGGCUUCCUGAGGCAGUUGAGCCUCAGAGGCUGCCUCAGCGUGGGGGACGCCUCCAUGAAGACUUUUGCACAGAACUGUCGAAACAUCGAAGUGUUGAACCUGAACGGUUGCACCAAGAUCACCGACAGCACCUGCCUCAGCCUCAGCAAGUUUUGUUCCAAGCUCAAGAACCUUGAUCUCACCUCCUGUGUGUCCAUCAGCAACCAUUCCCUCAAGGCCCUCAGUGACGGCUGCAAAAUGCUGGAGACGCUGAAUCUGUCCUGGUGUGACCAGAUCACACGCGACGGCAUCGACGCUCUGGCUCGAGGCUGCACGGCCUUACGAGCGCUGUUCCUCAGAGGCUGCACGCAGCUGGAUGACGGCGCCUUGAAGCACCUCCAGAAGCACUGCCAAGAGCUCACCACCAUCAACAUGCAGUCUUGCAUGCAGAUCACGGACGACGGCCUGGUGAAUCUGUGCCGAGGAUGCCACAAGCUGCAGAUCCUGUGUGUGUCCGGGUGCAGCAACAUCACCGACGUGGCCCUCACCGCACUCGGACUCAACUGUCCCCGACUCAAGAUCCUUGAAGCGGCACGAUGCUCCCAUGUGACAGACGCUGGCUUCACUGUGCUGGCCAGGAACUGCCACGAGCUGGAAAAAAUGGACUUGGAAGAAUGUAUUUUGGUGACCGACCACACCCUGGUCCAGCUGUCCAUCCACUGUCCUCGCCUGCAGGCAUUGUCCCUGUCUCACUGCGAGCUCAUCACGGACGACGGCAUCCGCGCGCUGAGCGCCAGCGCCUGUGGCCAGGAGCGCCUCACGGUGGUGGAGCUGGACAACUGCCCCCUCAUCACUGACGGGACCCUGGAACACUUGAAGAGCUGCCACCGGCUGGAGCGCAUCGAGCUCUACGACUGCCAGCAGGUCACCCGGGCCGGCAUCAAGCGCAUCCGGGCCCAUCUUCCAGAGAUCAAGGUCCACGCCUACUUUGCCCCGGUCACGCCCCCUCCCUCGGUGCACGGCGGCGGCCAGCGUCUGUGCCGCUGCUGCAUCAUCCUCUGACAGUGGAGGGCCAGGGGGGGCCACCUGUGCCUGCAGGUGCUGCUGCUCUGAAAGGAAAGGAGGGGGCUGGACCCGACUCGACCACAGGUCAUCACACGGACAUAUCGCCACUGCGGGGGCUCCACGACGCGCCCCUUUUUCCUCCCUCCCCCCCCCCCGUCAGCUCACCAGCGUGGAGGGACAACAAGGACGGACGGACUCUGGCUUCCUCAUCUACAUUCGGACAAAAAAAAAAAAAGGCUUCUCUCGGCCGGACUGCAGCGCCGCGUCUCAAAGUAAAAGUAGACUUUUUUCUCUUCUGGGACGGCGAUGGCGUGAGCCAUCUCUCCACUCGUCCUGCUUCAGCCAAUAGGCACGCAGCGUGGACGAGAUCCAGACGCCUUCUAGAGCUGCUGUGUGGCGUGCAAGGUAACAGGAAGUAGACAAAGGGGCCAUGUGACAUAAGUGUUAGGGGUGGGACUCUUUGGGCACCGAACCAUUCCAUCCGAUUCCGAAUUCUGCGGUGACGAUUCCAUUCAACACGAUUCUUGCAAUGUAUGAUUGGCUAUAAUAAUGAUAAUGAAACUUUUUUAAAACAGGUUACAAGUUAAAAAAAACAAAAAACUUCUUGUUGCAUGGAGAAGGCCUGAACACAUAUUUUUAAAUAUAUAUUUAUAUAUGCACAGAUAUGUACUAUAUAUACAUAUAUAUAUAUAUAUAUCAGUGGCGUGCGGUGAGGUUCAUGUCAGGUGAGGCACUGACUUCAUCACAGUCAGAUUUACAAACAUAUGAACCCUAAAGAGUAUCUUAUUCACCAUUUGAUUGGCAGCAGUUAACGGGUUAUGUUUAAAAGCUCAUACCAGCAUUCUUCCCUGCUUGGCACUCAGCAUCAAGGGUUGGAAUUGGGGGUUAAAUCACCAAAAAUGUAUUCCCAGGCACGGCGCCGCUGCUGCCCACUGCUCCCCUCACCUCCCAGGGGGUGAACAAGGGGAUGGGUCAAAUGCAGAGUACAAAUUUCACCACACCUAGUGUGUGUGUGUGACAAUCAUUGGUACUUUAACCUAACCUUAACUUUACACUUACAAACUGUAGCACACAAUAAAGCACAUUUAAUUAAAAAAACGUUAUUAUGGUCUUACCUUUACUUAUAAAUGCGGGAGCGUUGUUAAUGAAUGAAAUAUGAAAUCCGCGCUGCAUUCUGCAGGUGUACCUAAUGUUGUGUCCCCGUUCACGGCUCCUCCGGCGCGCCGCGCGAGCAUUGUUGUUUUUGCACUUUUUGGCUUCUUGUUAAGUGACUUUUUUUGGGGUGGAUUCGGUUUUGCACGUGGAGGGUUUGGGUGUGGGCUUUGGUUGGUGUGGCGCUCCCGUCGGGCGAUGCAUUCUGCGGCGGGAGUGUUAACCGGCACCAGGAGGCGGGGUUAUGAGACGAGCCUCACACAGUGUGUCUUGGCAGCAGUUUUAUGAUCGCUCAGCACUAAAAAUACGUUCCACACAUACAGUUGUUGACAAAAUACACUGUACAUUAUAUACCUCAGCUAACUAAACUAUGGAAAUGUAUAAUAUAAUUCAUAUAGCAAUACACUCUCACUGCACAGCAGGCCAGCAGUUAGCCGAGUCAUUGCGCACAAUCCAUGUUGAGGGCGAGGCACAACGCAGUGACGUGCCUCAACUGGCUGCUGAUCACCGCACCGUCUCUUCUCAGUAUUUGAACGGCAAAUGUGAAAAUAAAAAUAAAAAUAAUCUAAAACUGGUGAAGUUAAAUGGAAAAUAACUUUAGUAUAAUCACUGGAUACAUAUAACAAUUUAAUGUUUUUUUUUUUCUUUUUACUUUUUUUUUCUUUCCAUGAUGGCAGGUGAGGCCGUGCCUCCCCUGCCUCUAGUGACUGCACG